CUCUGAUUUCUAAUAAUCUCCUUCUUGCUGUCAAUUUUGCUGUCAAUUUUGCUUUGAGGAUUACCUUUCCUUUAAUGGUAAGAGAAUAUUGAGCAGAAACGGUAUCUUCUAGAUAUCUACACCUCAAUCCAUGUUUUAUUGCAUUUUAUAUCCCCUGACUUUUGCCAGUAAGACAGUAUAGUCCUUUUCCCCCAAACUUUAAGUAGUGGAGCAGAUGAGGAUGGGGCAGCUCAGAGACAAUCAAUAAAAAUACUUCAAUUUUAUCAAUGGUUUCCUAUAUCCAAUCCUCGAAUAAAAAUAAACUUUCUUUCCCUUUCACUACCUAUUUUCUGUAGGUGUCAGCCUGGAGAAAAAUUGGCUCAUCUCACCUGUAAUCCCUCUUCAUGCUUUCUGACCUCCUUGGUUGGAGUUGCUUAUAAUACCCAAAGACAGGGUCUCAUUUAGCUCACCACUGCCAUGUAAUUUCCUGAUUUGCCUCAAGGCCAGGUGGUUCUGAGAGGAUGAAAACAGGUUGGCAUAGCAAACGGUACUGUCACCGAACAGGGGACAAAGAAUGCCCUGUCUUUAUCAAAGGGAACCAGAAGUUAGAACAGUUCAGAGUGGCACAUGAAGACCCCAUGUAUAACAUCAUUCGAGAGGAUAAAAGACAUGAAAAGGAUAUAAGGAUACAGCAGUUAAAACAGUUACUGGAGGAUUCCACGUCCGAUGGAGACGGGAGCAGCUCCAGUUCCUCAGAAUGUAAAGAGAAGCACAAGAAAAAGAAAGAAAAGCAUAAGAAAAGGAAGAAGGAAAAGAAAAAGAAGAAAAAACGGAAGCACAAGUCUCCCAUGUCACGUGAGAGUUCCGACCUAGAGUGACAAGGACUUGACGUGUUCAGCAGUGUCUUCUCAGAAAUCACACACGGUGGCCGGAGCCCAGAGGAAGAUGCAGGCAGAGCGGAACAGACGGAGACACC